UUGCCCUCACUAAAUCAACAUUCGCAUUUUGCUAGUCACAAAGAGCAUCAUCCUUAAACAAAAAAUCAAAAUGAAAUUCGUCAUUGUUUUUGUUGCCCUCUUCGCUGUCGCCUUCGCCGCCCCAGCCACUCCCGAUGGUGAUGCUCAAGUCUUGCGUCUCGAUACGUCUAACGUUGGAGUGGAGGGCUUCAGUUACAAUUAUGAGACUAGCAACGGUAUCAGCGAACAAGCCACCGGCUCGCUCUUGAACAAAGGUUCAGAAAAUGAAGCUAUCUCUGUUCAAGGCUCAUUCUCCUACAUUGGUGAUGAUGGUCAGACCUACACCCUCAAAUAUGUUGCUGAUGAGAACGGUUUCCAACCACAAGCCGCUCAUUUGCCCGUUGCCCCAGAAGCUUAAGUUGCUAAAUAUUUAAAGCAAAUUGUUUAAUUUUUAUUUACAAAUCCCUAAAAAUUCCCCUCCUUGUAAUCCUGAUCCUAGUCGUCCUACCCGUAACAACUGCCCGGAUUGCUAUUAACAAGGUGUUGUUAUUGUUAAAUGCUAUGGGAUCAGUGUGAUCAGUUGUUAGUCCUUAGUGUAAGCUACCAAAACAUAAAACAAGAGUAAAGAAAAUACUUACACAAAAAAAAAAAACAAA